GUUAUCCACGCGAAUAUCGCAAAUAUCAGCCGACUUUUCCAUGGGAGGUCUUCUUUCCGUUUUGAUAUAAGGAUCCGAGCUUUUUCGUUAGCAUAGCCGGUCGCUUCACCGUACCUCUCGCUAACUAUCUCCCCUCCUGCUGUGCAACUUGUCGAGCCCGCGCCCACGCCUCCCUCGGUAGAGCAUCCGCUUUCCCACCUUUCUACCAUUCUACUGCCUCUAUUCUUCUGCUCUUUCUUCACCUGGACACCUCCUCUGCCUCCUCUGUCAGAAUGCUCAACAUACUAUUGCUGCUGCUUGGUGCAGCCUUUGUGGCUAGCUCAGCCUUUCUAUUUCUGUUCAAGCAAGGAAGACGCGAUGUGAUCUUGCAUCGAAUCCAUAUCCGACGUCGGCGGGCGUCGGGCUCGAACACCCCUCCUCGAUCUCUAUCGCCGGGAAAGAAGCAGCCGGAGGAUAUACCAACACCCGACUACUCGGAUGCGUUUCCCCCAUCACGCCGAUUCACUCUCGCCGAGAUUCCUGGCCUAGCAUCGAAACUGGACAAGACCAAAGAGAAAUUGGUUGCUCCGCCUGAGAAGAAAGAAUGUGUACCCUUCACCACCGAAAUCCGCGAUGCGAAGGACACAAUGUUCGUCCCGUGCGACUUCUCAGUAGCCGAGAUCAAGGCCCUAGGAGACUUCCCGGAUUAUGCGAUCCUAAGCGGCGUGCCUCUUCCCCAACCAUACCCUGAAUUUGACAUCAAGAAAGCGAAGCCAAGGCCUUACAGGCCAUUCCGAUGGGCAUACCACCAGACCAUGUCUCUCACGAAACUGGAGCCCGAUUGGUGGCUUGAACUCGAGGACACGUACGAGCAACGCAUCAAGCAGCGACAGGAUCUAUUCGCAAAGCACGGCAAGGCGGUCUUAGAUGCGCUCCCCGGCUCAGAACUCGCUUGCAAGGAGUUGAUGGAAAUGGCUCUGCAAUUCCUAUGCGCACGUUACCCGCAAUAUUUCCGCCUCGACAAGGAGAAAAUGGUAUUCUACAACGGCAUACUGAACACCGAAUCCGAUCUCAAGAACACGCCUCCCCUCCACGUCCUCCUGAACAACGUUCCUGAAGACUUUGCCAUCACAUUGCGAGAUCCGGAGACUGGAUACUAUUCUUUCCGAGCGGGUAUGAUCUGCAGUGCGCUGGGCUGGAAUGUCGCAACUAAGAUUGGACUCAACCUUGCUGAGAUCCACAAGCCGAUACCUGAUUAUAAGGAGAAGAUGCAGUUCUCGAUGGACAGAUAUUUCACGAAGAAACCCACGGACAAAGCUAUCCAGCGCGGAUCCUGGGGCCUGGAAGUCGAUCAGCCGCUCUAUAUGCCGCCCGGUGAUCCCCAUGAGAAGUACCGCGAUGUUCAGAUGGCCGAUCUCGUGCUUUCGCGUUGCAACCUACGCGUUGACUGGCAGACCCUGCGGCGUCUCCCGCUCUCAGCCGCUAUUGUGUUCAACUUCAAGGCGCUAUUCACCCCGGUGGAGGCUUUCCGUGACGAGCCGUAUAUUCCUGCGCUGAUCCUGAAGAUUCUGAACGAGGGAAAGAAGAACUUGAUGGAAUACAAGAAUACCUGGCAUACAGAGCAUGUUGUCAAGCCGGCGCUAGAGCAGUAUGCGAGAGAACAGGUGGAGAAGGGGUGGGUGCCAAAGGAUUGGGAACCGCAUACGCUGGAUGAUAGUCCGUAUUUCCCCGGGUGGGAAGAGAAGUGGCAUCGUGAGCAAGGGUUCUGAGAGCCCAUAAAAUG